CGAUAUUUGUUUCUUUCUUACCGCAAACAAUAUAGAUUUUUUUUUUCACUUCAGAGUUUUAAGACUUGCACCCUUCAAAUUAAAUGAAAAUCCAGCCAUACAUAUUGUUAAGUGAUUGGUCCAGCAUAGAGCAAAGGUAGUCAGGUAAUACGAGUAUAAAAACCUAAAUCAACUUAAAGGGCUAAUCUCUGAAAAAUAUAAUCGAAAAAAUAUAAAUGCCGCCUGACCUGAUCGCGAUGAGGUACGGGGACAAGGCGUUCCGAGGGGUUGGCAGGGCGGCGGAUGGCGGAGCAUCUGAGCUUGCACGUCGGAGAUCUGGAUUCAACCUUGGACCACCCCGUGAUACACAAGAAGCAGAACAAGUGAUCGCAGCUGCCGAUGCAUCCUUGAAUUGUGGACUGCCCCUGCCCGGAUUCCACCAGGCAAAUCCCGCAGCACCGCUCCGAUUCGCCGCCUUCGUCCUCCCGCUCCAAGUUUUCGAUCUUGGUCUUACCCUGGACGGCGGCUUCUUUUGACGGGAGCGGACGUUCAAGUGUUUCGCGGCGUUUGUUUGCACGCGAUUCCGAUUUGGUUCCGGAAGCCAUUGCUGGAAUCAGCGGGAAACUAUCGCCCUAAAGUUCAAACCCUGGGUAACUGCGGUUGUGUAUGAUUUGAAAUUGGAUAAAAAUAAUAAAAUUUCGAAAUCUCAAAUAAAAUUCGUAGGAGAGAUUUGAAACCAUAUUUUAACACAUAUUUUAAGGGUAAAAAUUAUUUCUACAUUUGUACCCAUUUUGUACACCAUAAAGAUGCACAAAUAUU